AGUUUCCCGCUCGGAGGCAGGGCGCACGAGUGGAUAUAGAUAGCUAAGGACCUGAGGUUUCGGCCUCGAGGUCUUGGGCCGGCGCUGGGCAGGCUGCGCGGGGUCCGGGCGAGGGGACGGCUCGGGUGGGCGGCCGGGGGGUGUUGGGGGCUGCGGGCGGCGGACAAAGCGGCGGCACCACCCCGCGGCGCGGGCCAAUGGAAUGAAUGGGCUAUAAAUAGCCGCCAAUGGGCGGCUCGCGUUGCGCCCCUUAAGAGCCGCGGGAGCGCGUAGCUGCCGCUGUUCGCCUGCGCCGCGCCCGGAGCUGCCGACCGACGGAGCGACCCCGCCCCCGCCCCCGCACGGACGCCCGCUCGCAGCCGCCAUGCCGUUCUCCAACAGCCACAACACGCUGAAGCUGCGCUUCCCGGCCGAGGACGAGUUCCCCGACCUGAGCAGCCACAACAACCACAUGGCUAAGGUGCUGACCCCCGAGCUGUACGCGGAGCUGCGCGCCAAGAGCACGCCGAGCGGCUUCACGCUGGACGACGUCAUCCAGACAGGCGUGGACAACCCGGGCCACCCAUACAUCAUGACCGUGGGCUGCGUGGCGGGCGACGAGGAGUCCUACGAAGUGUUCAAGGAUCUCUUCGACCCCAUCAUCGAGGACCGGCAUGGCGGCUACAAGCCCAGCGAUGAGCACAAGACCGACCUCAACCCCGACAACCUGCAGGGCGGCGACGACCUGGACCCCAACUACGUGCUGAGCUCGCGGGUGCGCACUGGCCGCAGCAUCCGCGGCUUCUGCCUCCCCCCGCACUGCAGCCGCGGGGAGCGCCGCGCCAUCGAGAAGCUCGCGGUGGAAGCCCUGUCCAGCCUGGACGGCGACCUGGCUGGCCGAUACUACGCGCUCAAGAGCAUGACGGAGGCGGAGCAGCAGCAGCUCAUCGACGACCACUUCCUCUUUGACAAGCCGGUGUCGCCCCUGCUGCUGGCCUCGGGCAUGGCCCGCGACUGGCCGGACGCCCGCGGCAUCUGGCACAAUGACAAUAAGACCUUCCUGGUGUGGGUCAACGAGGAGGACCACCUUCGGGUCAUCUCCAUGCAGAAGGGGGGCAACAUGAAGGAAGUGUUCACCCGCUUCUGCACCGGCCUCACCCAGAUUGAAACUCUCUUCAAGUCUAAGAACUAUGAGUUCAUGUGGAACCCUCACCUGGGCUACAUCCUCACCUGCCCAUCCAACUUGGGCACGGGGCUGCGGGCAGGUGUGCAUAUUAAGCUGCCCCACCUGGGCAAGCAUGAGAAAUUCUCCGAGGUGCUUAAGCGGCUGCGACUUCAGAAGCGAGGCACAGGCGGUGUGGACACAGCUGCGGUAGGUGGGGUCUUCGACGUCUCCAACGCUGACCGCCUGGGCUUCUCGGAGGUGGAGCUGGUGCAGAUGGUGGUGGAUGGAGUGAAGCUGCUCAUCGAGAUGGAGCAGCGGCUGGAACAGGGCCAGGCCAUCGACGACCUCAUGCCUGCCCAGAAGUGAAGCCCGGUGCACACCCGACACCAGCCCUGCUGCUUCCUAACUUAUUGCCUGGGCAGUGCCCACCAUGCACCCCUGAUGUUCGCUGCCUGGCGAGCCCUUAGCCUUGCUGUAGAGACUUCAUCACCCUUGGUAGAGUUUAUUUUUUUGAUGGCUAAGAUACUGCUGAUGCUGAAAUAAACUAGGGUUUUGGCCUGCC